AUGAGUUAUUUCUCUCCAUUCUUAGUUGCAACGUCAUUAAUAAUCAAUAUGAAACUUUGGUUCUACCUUGUAAAUCUCAUAUAUCUGACACAUUCUCUAUGCUUAAAGCCGGCUGUUUCUUGUGAAAGCAACGCCUGCAAAAUAGAUACAGAAUACUCAAAACCUUCACAUAAAAAAUUUGCAGCAAUGUCAUGUCCGGAAUUCAAAGACAAAGAAUCUUGUCUAUCUGAUGAAAUGAAUAUGAAACUUGAAAAACUGCACUACAUGAUUGACAGAACUUGAGGAAACUCAGCUAGAGGAUGUGAUAUCUGUGCUGCCAACAUCAAGCGACUUUGAUGCUGGCUCACAAGUUCUCCAAGUCAGCCUGAAUUUCUUAAGCCUAAGCUUUCUGACAUAACAGUGGAUGGAAAUGUGAACUAUACAGCUUUUGUAACGCCGACUUUGGUUCAUUCUUUGCAUGAUUCUUGCAAAAGCUGCCAUAGGAAUUAUCAUAUCCCUGGGACAUACUCGUUAGAAACAUUCAUGAAUUUUCAUGGGGAAAAUUCUGCUAGUUUGUUGAGCAUGCUAGUUGAGUUUGUGAUUGAGGAAAAACCUGAAAGCUUGGAUUUAAAUUUCGCCAGCUGUGAUUCAAAUACGACCAACUUGUAUGGAUUUUCAGUAAAGCCUUGCUCUUGCAAGACGUAAUUAUUAUUCAGAUGUGAAGAGGCAUGCAAAGAUGCUUAUAGACCAAAAGACCCAGUUCACAAUAAGAAUUGGCCUGGGAUAGCUUUUGGGUAUGUUUGUUUAGGACUUUUCGGAAUUUUAAUUAUUUUGCUGCCGAGAAUAUUAAAAAAAGAUGACAUAAAGAAAGAUUAA